UUUAUAUGUACGUAUAUACAUAUGUUGUACAUACUUAUAUGCUCCGAAGAUGUUAAAUCGCAUAUGAACCAAAAAACUUUUCAUACUUAAUUCCAGCUUUUAUGUAAGAUGAAUAACUAUAUUUUGAUUGAGUUAAUCAUUACUUCGUGGCACAUUUUGAAAGCAUCUAAUGUAAAAAUAAAUAACGAAAAAGAUACUUGGCUCCGUAAGCAGCAGAUAAAAAAUGAAUCCAAUGAUGAAAUAGAAGGUGCUUUACCAGAAGUAGCGCUUCAAAUAGCGAUGAAAAACUACAACAAAGUUGCAAAGCCAAAAGGAGUCGUACAAGUUGAACUUGAUAUUCACAUUUUAUCAUUUGAUAACCUGGAUGAGAGCUCAAUGAAAUACAACAUGGAUUUUUAUUUUUCGCAAUAUUGGUAUGAUGAAAGACUAAAAAUUUUUCCAGAAAUUCCAGAUUGUUCCGUUAACAUUGUUGGAAAAAGUGUGGAAGAUUUCUGGAUGCCUGAUACUGUGUUUGUGAACUCGAAAGCAACCAAUUUCCAUUUUGUAACUGUAGAAAACCGAUUUACUACUGUAAAUCUAUCAAAUGGAAUGAUUUUACAUCAUGCAAGAAUAACCACAACUGCAUCUUGUCGAAUGGAUUUUAAAAAUUAUCCUUUUGAUGAGCAAACCUGCUAUUUAGCAAUUGAAAGCUAUGGCCAUGAUCAGUCAUAUAUAGUUUAUAAAUGGUAUUUAAAUGAAAAUUUAACUGAUGAAAAGUACAUUGCUGUUCAUGAUAAAGAAAUGGCAAACUAUGACGUCACCAGUGCUUUUAAAAGCUACGAAAAGACUCCUCAUCACGAAACAUCAUUUUCAAGUGCUACAGCAAAGUUUACAUUUCGCCGGCGCCGAGAGUACUUUAUUUUGCAAAUUUACUUACCAUGUGCGGUAAUUGUGGCAGUAACCUGGGUAUCAUUUUGGAUUACACCAGCUGCAGUUCCUGCGCGUUGUGGUAUCUUAGUGACAUCUUUACUAACGCUGAUCACAAUGCUUAGCAUUACUAACGCAAGUAUGCCAAAAGUUGGGUAUAUAAAAGCAUUGGACUUGUAUUUGUUUGCGUCACUUAUCUUUGUUUUUUUAUCUUUGAUUGAAUAUAUUUUAGUUCUCAACACCUCGCAUAAAAAAAAGAGAACAAGCACUUAUAAAGAAGGAAAUUUAUUUAUUGGUUCGCAAUUGAAGUCAGAUUACAAAUUUUCGGAUAUAGUCGAUUUUUCAAAAAACAUCCAAGAAAAAGCAGAUUUGAUCAAUGAUUUUAUUGAUUAUUCGAAAGAUGCUACAUUACUUUACCAGCAGUUGCACACAAAAAAAAUAAGUCAAAACGAAAGACCAGAAGAAAUUCACAUUAAAUGCGAGAGCCGAAAAUUGCUCAAUGAAAAGCUAAAGAUAAAAUUUAAAAACCGAAACUCAACAUUUUUUUUAGAAAACGAAAUUGUCGAGGUUGAGAUUGCUCCAAAAGACGAAAAUAUUUCGUUUUCUGCAAUUGAUUACUUUGCUCGCGUUUUUUAUCCUUUUUUAUUCAUUAGUUUUAAUGUAUUCUACUGGUUGUUCUAUUAUAGAAAUUGAAAGGCAAAGGUCUUCAUUUUUAAUGUUAUAACGAACAAAAGGCGUAUUUAACACUUUUUAAUGGUACUUAACACGUUUUAAUGGUGUUAAAGCGUAUUUAACACGUCUUAUCAUUAUUGGCAUUUUAAUCUUAUUGUCAUUAUUAAUUUAUUAUUUUAUUGUCAUUAUUAAUUUAUUAUUUUAUUGUCA